AACAAACAAGGCUUCUUGUUCAAAGGUUGUAAUGGCUGAACGAGUUGCACACCCUGGCCCUCGGGAUCGUUCUGUUUUAGUUAUGAUGCCCGGUGAGCAUCGUGUCGAUCGUGUGUGGCACGAAUCAGCAUUUCGAGAUGACAAACUGAGGUGUCAUCACUAUUCGUCACGUGCCUAUGUUGAUGAUGGUCCGCGUCAUCCUGGGUGGUACGGUUGUUGAGAGCAUCUGGGUUUCACGGUGUCGAGAGAAUAGGACAAGUGCAGUUAGAUUAGUCACUUCUGACUGCGUUAGUGGAGAGGUGGAGACCCGAGGUACACGCAUUUCAUUUGCCCUUUGGUGAGGUAGGAUUGACUUUACAGGAUGUGCAAGUCUUGUUGGGGUUGCCCAUUGACGGCAUACCACUCACUGGUCCCACGAUUACUGAUAAGGCGGCGUUGUUGCAGAUGUGUGCACAGUCUGUUGGUUUUAUACCAAAAGAUGAUGAUUUAAAUUCAGCUACCAUAAAAGUAACGAAUAUCCACCUCAUUCCAUUAACCGAUUGGAGCAAUGAAAACGAGGUGACUCAACACACUAGGGCCCUCAUUUGGCAGUUGUUAGGUGGUUCAUUAUUCCCUACCACUAGUGGAAACAUGGCUAGUUGGUAUUUCUUGGAAGUGAAUUUAACCAUUUCAUGCAACAAAUUAGGGGUACUAACGAGAGAGCAUUAAAGUAUUUAAAUGACAUUCCCCAAGAAAAGUGGGCACUUUGUUUUGAUGGUGGUUGUCGUUAUGGUAUUUUGACAACAAAUCUUUCGGAAAGUUUCAACAAUGCUCUCAAAGGAUGUAGGACAUUGCCAAUCACUGCCCUUGUAAGAGCAACUUUUGACAAACUAGUCCAGCUCUUCGCCCAAUGUCGUAGUGCUGGUAUGAUAUGGCAGCAAGCUGGAUAUCAUUUUCCGGACAACAUUCGGAAAGAGAUUAUGGAACGUUGGCACCAAAGACCUCACAUUAUGGUUCUUCCACACAACCACUACACAGAAAUUUACUCAGUCGUCGUGGAUAAUGCAACACAUGUUACGGUGAAUCUAUCGAGGCUUGUCUGUGAGUGCGGUUGUUGGAGGAUGAACGGCAUGUCAUGCAUCCAUGCGCAUGUUGUCUGCCAUUUUCUUAAGUGCCCUGUUGAUCAUCUUAUUCCAGAGGUAUACAAACUAAGUUCUUACAUAAAUGCACAUUCCAGUGAUAUCAUGUCAUUGCCGAAUCUGAAUGAGUGGCCACAAAAUGAGUUCAUUCUUCUUCCACUAAAUACUUUUCCAGAACUUCUCGAGUAGGACGCCGUCAAGAAACAAGAUUUCCAAAUGAGAUGGAUAUGCGUCCAAGACGCAGAGCACAACAUGAUUGAUUCACAUUUGUACUCUCUUAUGGUGUAUUAAUUCUUUUCUUUGUAGUUUGUUUUAAU